AUGGACAAAAGCUGGAUGAACUUGAUCGAUAGACUUCAUUCGCCUACAUACGCCGAUGGGGUUAACACUUUCCUCACCCUUGCACAAAACCAUUCUCAAGGCAGUGAUCGCAUUCAGUGUCCAUGUCGUUCAUGCUGUAGUAAUCUCUUCUUGCCUAUACGAAUUGUGGAGACUCACUUGUUCAUUAAAGGGAUCAAUCCAAAUUAUACCCAGUGGGUAUUUCAUGGGGAGGAGGAAACACGAAGUUUCAAUGACGAUGGUGAUGAUGGUGAUGAUGGUGACGAUAGUGUUGCUGAUUACGCCGAUGAGUACAUUGAUGACAUGGACCAUAUGUUAGAUGACAUCCGGGCAAGCACAUUCGUCGAUGUUCCCCAAGAUCAUCGUAAUCCAUUGCCAACUCGUGGAUCAAUACUAGAUCCCUCCCCAAGUUCAUCUUUCGACCAUCUACUAGAGGAUGCCCGACGUCCACUUUUUGCUGGUUGUACAAAAUUCUCAAAACUAUCAAUUAUUGUGAAGUUGUUACACAUUAAGACACUCAAUGGCUGGUCAAUAAAGUCGUUUGAUAUGCUACUGAACCUGUUGCGGUCUGCGUUUCCUGAUUCUGAAUUGCCACAUUCAUAUGAGGAGUCAAAGUCAUUGGAGCGGGGUUUGGGAUUAAAUUACCACAAGAUUCAUGCAUGCCCCAAUGACAGCAUCUUGUUCUGGAAGGAGAAUGCUAAUCUUAAUGAAUGUCCUAAUUGUAAGGAUUCAAGGUGGGUGCCUAAUACACACAAGGCACGCCUUAUCUCGCAAAAAGUGUUGCGGCAUUUUCCUUUGAAGCCAAGAUUGCAACGUCUCUUCGUGUCUGCAAAGAUAGUAGGUGAUAUGAGAUGGCAUAAAGAGCAACAGCUGACUGAUGAGGCUAGCCUGAGACAUCCUGCAGACUCAGAGUCCUGGAACAGAUUUGAUGAAGAACAUAGUUGGUUCGCGCAGGACGCUCGCAAUGUAAGGCUUGGGAUGUCAAGUGAUGGUUUCAAUCCGUUCAGCAAUAUGUCUAAACCGUAUAGCAUUUGGCCAGUAAUCCUGGUUCCGUAUAACUUGCCUCUAUGGUUGUGCAUGAAAGACCAAUUCCUUAUGACAUCCCUCAUUAUUCUUGGGCCAAAAUCUCCAGGUAAUGACAUCGAUGUUUACUUGCAACCGUUAGUCGAUGAACUGCUUGAAUUUUGGGAACAUGGGGUACCUACAUAUGAUGCCUCCACAAAGGAAAUUUUCAUGUUGCAUGCUGCUUUAAUGUGGACAAUCAAUGACUUCCCAGCAUAUGAGAAUCUUUCUGGCUGGUCAACAAAAGGAAAAUUAGCAUGUUCAUCCUGUAGUAUGGGCACAUAUUCCUUGUGGUUGAAGUAUGGCCGAAAACAUUGUUAUAUGGGACAUCGUCAUUUUUUGCCGCCAGAUCACAUGUGGAGAAUGAGAAAACAUUUGUUCAAUGGUCGAGAAGAUCAACGCAUGCCACCAAGGAUUUUAGAAGGAGUUGAUGUUUUGGCUCAACUACAGAUGCUUGGGAAUGUGCAAUUUGGUAAAUCUGGUCGAAAGAGAAAACGCACUGCUAAAGAGUUAAACUGGACAAUGUAUAGCAUUUUCUUCAAGCUACCGUAUUGGGUAACCCUGCGUCUUCGACAUAAUCUAGAUGUCAUGCAUAUUGAGAAAAAUAUUUGUGAUAACAUCUUGUGCACAUUAAUGAACAUUCCUGGGAAAACCAAGGAUAAUAUCAAUUCUCGACGUGACUUGGAGAUUUUUCAGUUUAGAAAAGAAUUACAUUUGAAGGUUCAAGGUGAACGUGUUACAAUGCCACAUGCACAGUACACAUUACACGGUCAUGAAAGGAAUAAAUUCUGUGAAUGGCUGGCCAAUGUGAAAUUUCCAGAUGGAUUCGCUUCCAAUAUAUCGCAUUGUGUUUCUAUACGUGAUUGCAAAAUCUCAGGAUUGAAAAGUCAUGACUGUCAUGUUUUUCUCCAAAGAUUACUUCCUAUUGCUGUUGGUGGGUACUUACGAACUAAUAUUGCAUUGGCCUUGACUGAACUGAGCACUUUCUUCAAGGAAUUGUGUGCCCGAACCCUGGAUGUUAACCGCCUAUCGCAACUCCAAAUUGAUAUUGUCACAAUUCUAUGCAAAUUGGAGAUGAUAUUCCCCCCAUCUUUUUUCCAUGUCAUGGUCCACCUAGCUGUCCACUUACCCCGUGAGGCCAUACUUGGGGAUAUUGAGAUGAAGUUUACUCGAAUGGACCGCAACAUUGAUGGUGGAGAAGCGGAGAAUAUAGAUAGAUUCAAGAUUUUCAACCAGAAAGUUCGUGUCAUGGGUGUGGCUUCCAACUUGAAAUUAUCAAAUAAACUCCUCAAGGAAGCCAUAUGGGAGCACUACGAGAAAUGUAAGGUGCAUAGCCCAAUGAGUAUCAAUCGAACACAUCAAAUUGAGUUUCCAACUUGGUUCAGGAAACAUGUUCAUGACCAGAGAGGGACCAACUCACUCGAUGUGACUGCUGAUCUGUAUGCGUUAGCUUGCGAUCCUGAACCUAAGGUUGCAUCUUAUGCUGCUUGCAUUAUAAAUGGCAAAAGGUUCCAUACAAAGCAGCGUGAACUUCAGACGCGUACACAAAAUUCAGGGGUGUUGGUAACUGGUGACGAAAGUACAAAUAAUGUUGACUUCUACAGUGUUAUUAAUGAUAUCGUGGAGUUACGCUAUAUGGGUUGGCGUCGGGUGUACUUGUUCAUGUGUGAUUGGUUUGACGUUGGUGAUCCAAGACGAGGGAUACGAGUUGAUAACCAUAUGACCAGUAUCAACAUGGACAUGACUUGGUAUAAGGAUGAACCAUUUGUGUUAGCAUGCCAGGCUUCCCAGUGUUUUUAUAUCAGAGAUAUAAGGGCGAAAGGGAGAUGGUUUAUGGUGCAAAAGUACACGAAUAGGGAUGUAUAUGACAUUCCACCGGUGCCAAGGGUGUUAGAAGAUAUUGAUGGCGAAUCAAGUGAUGAUGAUGCAUAUCAAGAAAAUGAAUCAUCAUAUGAUUAUGCACCAUUGCAUUGUGAUGGAUGUCCCGUGUCAACUCCAUUGAAUAUGAAUGAUAUAGAGCCUAGCUUGAUUGAUGCACAAGAAGUCACUGGUUUGGUUGGUCAAAACAUGGAUUCAACAGAUUUUAUUGACGAUGGCCUGAUUGCUUCUAGUUCAGGAGAUGCGUAUGGUGAUGGGGAAUAUUUAGAUGAGGAUGACCUACCCACAGACGACGAGUUUGUGUCAGAAUAG